AUGGAUAAUCGCGAAGAGGUGACGACCUUCGAACUGGCAAUUGUUGUGCCCAAGAGGGAAGAGAAGGAUGAAAAUCCGCGGGACGACUGUGUCGAGUGUUUUGUUAGGGAGCUGAUGAAAGUGGGGCUGAUAGUUGAAAUUGUCCAAGGGAUCUCAGACGAGUUUAUCAAGGUAUGUCUGUCAUCAGUGGCCUCAAGGCCAGUGAUAUUUAUUUUUCUACUAUGAAAGUUGGAUGGUAUCAAUGCGGUACCUAGUCGUUUCAUUAGUUGACUUUUUGUAUACUUAUGCCUCGAUAGUUAUCUAUACAGAAACAGAAAGGAUUGCUACCAAUCAAGACAAUCAUUCGAAUUAGAUAGACUUUUACAGAAAUGACACCCCCACGACGAAUGUUUUAUAAUUCUUAUCAGUCGAGGGACUCUGAUAUUGUGCUAUACACUUUAUGGCAUCAUCAUAAAUUGUGUGAUUUCAUUUAUUUUUUCUUUUUAAUCUUCGUGUCAGAAAAGGGUGGUGGGAUUUCACUUUCAUAUUAGAAAGAACGUAUUACCUUCUCAGUACAGGACAUGAGUGAUUAAUUUAUCAGGAUAAGGAAUAAUAGCUACUUACCCACUCCUGGAUUAGGUGGUUCUUUAUCAGCUGGAGUGUUUUUUGAAGGUGGGUUAGAACACUUUCGGCAUCUAGUUUUGAUUUCUUUCUCAUCGUUGUCGAAUUAAAAACGCGGUUUUUGUGUUGGCACAUACACUGUCAGACGUGAUGUGGCAAGCUAAGAGAAGUGUGUAAUAUACCUCAAUUUGAACAUUUGGAAUAAUGACAAAUCAACAGUGGAAAGGUUAGACUUUCAACUGCUUAGACUUUUGUAACAAACUUUGAAUCUUGUUUUUUUUUUUUCUUUUUUGCGGAUUAGGUUUUAGUGAUCAUGCGAUCAGCACUAAACGUGUUUUUCAUUGGGCUAACUGGCAACCUGCGAUGAACAUUGUUUCCAUACUCUGUUAUUUAUGUUCAUAGCAUAUGCCAAAAAUUAGGUUGAUUGGAGAUUAUAGUGCCACUUGCUAGGCCUUUUUAUUUGUCAUAUGCAUUAAUUUCCUGCGUUAUAAUAUUUUUCAAGAAAUAAUUUUUCCCAUCUCUUGCCACGAGUAAGGUGGCCAUACUGAUUGGUUUGCUUGCUGAGGCAGCCACAUUAUGCUGUGGAGAUCAGUUGCGUUCGAACUUGAGGAUAGCAUCCCUAGUACCCCCGGAGUAACAGAUAAAAUGAUUUUCUUUUAGGGCGCUCUUUGUAUAAGAUUUUGGGAGUUGUAUCUGGUCAAUUAAGUACGGACAUGAAACCUAGUUGUAUAUGAUGAGGAAAAAAAAUCUUGAUUCCAUGAGAAUUUGAUGUUUAUCAUGUUAUAUUCUUAGCAUUUCUUCACUUAUCGUUUUAAGUGUUUUGAAAUAGCAUCAUUGUCUAUGUCAUGGCCGCCACCAAGCAUUAUCCCGUCAAUCUAGGGUUUGCUUUGAACGCAGAUGAUGAGAUCUCAAAAAUUUUGAACAUCCUUUCGUAAUUAUUGGCCUACUGCACUGAUGUCGAUAACCAUCCAGAGUCCCUUGCUGAUGCUAAUUUUCCCAGUAGUACUCCGACGAACCACUUGAGGGACAGAAAGAGGUGUUUGAAUUAUUGCAUACUAUUCUUUUUCUUCAGUACGAGUACUUGGGAUAUGAUUUCCUUGUGCAAGCUUUUUAAUUUUCAGUCCUAUCAUUUUAAACAAUACGUUCGUUUAUUUAUGACUUUAUCUUAUAGAUAUUUUAUGCAUUCAUUUUGACAGAAAGAAAAUCUAUGCCAAAGUCCAGUAAAAACCUAGGGUUUUUGCUCACCUCUUGCAUCUCUGUAUUUGGGACAUUUGUGGAAGCUUCCUUUUCUGAUCUUUUAUUCUGCCUUUAGCUGGCUGCACCAUUGGAGACAUUAGGAAGAGCUGCAGCUGAGUUGCAAAUAAUGAAGCUGACCCAUAUUGGUAUCGACUUGAUGUUUGUUGGAAUCUAUAAUAUUUUCCUUAUUUACUAUGUUUUGAUUACAUUUUUUUUCCCGUAUAUGCGCUUGUUUUAUGCAUCAUCAAAUGAUGGAUGUUGCUUCUUUUACAUAUAUUUGGUUGCUUCAGGCGUUGACUUGAGGUUUGAUUGGGAUCAAGAACCAGCAUUUGUUAGGCAGCCAGAUGGCUCCUUGUUUAGUUGGUGCGAGCGGUUUUGUUGCUUCCAGCACCUGAUUUACAGGAUAGUAAGUUUCUUUCAUUGGUAUUAGUGUUGUAUUUGCAUCUUAUUAGUUUGUUCUUGGAUUAUUUCAUUGGGACACGUUUCAAUAUCUUGACAUGCUUGGUGUCCCAUCCCCUGGUUCGCUUCAUAGAAUCAGGGUUUUAAAGGAGAUAAAGGCAAAGAGGUCUGUGGAUCAGCAGCACAGUUGGGGUCUGAUUUUGAAGGGUUUCAAUAUUAUUAUAAACAUAAGUUAAUUAUCAGGUAAGUGAUGAAUAAGAUAAUAAAUUAGGUCUCUGUAUGCAAAAUAUUAAUACAUUGCAAAAAAAUAUUCGCAAUAAUUGCUCUGCAAACGUGACUUAAAUUAGUCUCGCGAAGUUGUGUAAAAACAAAUAACUCAUAUUUAUUUAAAGUAAACUUUUAAUAAGAAAUCUAGUAUGUUGAGUUAUUUUAAGAAUCCAAAUGGGUCCCUCUGCUCUCUAUUAGAGAACAUAACAAAACAUGAGGAAAUUUUUAACUAAUUUUAUUUAAUAGUAUUUUAAGAUACGACCUAAGAUAAAUAUAAUUGUAAAAAAAAAUACUGCGGGAAAAAACAAUCUCGAAGUUAACCUUAACACGAUGGCUGCUUUUCUUCGGAGUUCUCUGUUCUAAUAUAGUUAACUAUGUCCAGUAUGGAUGCUGCCAAAACUUGAUAAUGUAUGAAUUCAGCACCCUGUGGAUUGGAUUGGCGGGGAAUAUUAAACGUCUUUUAACAUGUUUUUAUGCCUUGUCAGAUGAUGAGUCUGUUAGAAUAUAAUAGUUAUGUUCCAUCGUGAUGAAACCAAUGUGCAGGUCAACAGAACUGAGUCAGUUAUCACUCUUACUGUUGGAAGCAUAAAGUAUCAGUGGGAGCCAAAUGAAUCUUUGCUUGAAAUGAUGAAAUCCGAAGGCAUUGUAAAGCAAGUGUUUCCUUUGCAUGGUAUAUACUACUUUUAUGCCUCUCCUAUACUGUAAAUACAGCAUGCCAGGGCAGAAGCCCAGGGGUCAGUCCAACAUUCUGGUUUCUAGCCAUAGCAAAACCCAGAACAACAGUCUGGCCUGGCUCGGCCAAGUGCAUAGAUGGGCUGGGGUUUGUUGUGGUCUCAAGGGAAGCCUGGAAUUCACCUUCCCUUCAAUCAUGUUGCUACCCAAAAACCCUGCAGUAACCCGGCUGCCUCGCAUGCUCCCUGUCCCGUACCACAGUCAGUCUGACCGCCCCUCCUGGGUUUUUGGCUAACUAGUCUAGCCCGUAGAUUUAUAGAAAUCCCUGAGUCAGUUCUGAGCUCGUGUAACCUAGGCUUUACUGGCCCAGGCUUUGUUCACAAUAAUCAAAUCAUGCCUGUGCCGCCUAAAUCCUGCCCCGGCUUUUAGAAAGUCCUGGGCCCAGGCUUUUAGAAAUUACAAGGUAUGUCAGAGCUUGUUUUGCAGACGAAGCGAAGAGGAAGUUGCUUUUGAGAAAUUGGGCGCUCAACUUGUUGGACUUUACAUGGCAACCAAUUGAUGACAUCCAUUCAUACUUUGGAACGAAGGUGAAAUGACCAUUUUUGGACGUAACUUAUUUUUUUUAUUAAAAAUGAGUGCCUUAUCUUUGUAUUUCGUUUGCAGAUUGCUACAUAUUUUGCUUUCCUUGGGAUGUACACUCGUUGGUUAUUUUUUCCAGCUGCAUUUGGACUUGUGCUGCAAAUGAUUGAUCUUGGGUAUGAAAAUUUUCUUUGAUAUGCCAUGCUGUAUCAAACAAUUGCGGCUCUACAUUUUAUUUUUUUUCUAAGAGGUAGACUCUUGUAAACUUCUAAAACAGGGCAUGGCAGAUAUUAGUCCUGCCUCUAUUUUUUGUGUUCAUUAUAUCGUGGGCUGUGUUCUUCUUCCAGUUCUGGAAGCGGAAAAACUCUGCUCUUUUAGCCAGGUAACUUGCUUUCCAGAAUGUUUGUAACAUUUGAAGAGAGUUUCCUUAACAACAUUCGAGUUGAUGCUUUGCAGAUGGGGGAUUAAUUAUUCUAUGAGUUUGGUCCCCGGGUGCAAACCUAGUGGUGCAGACAUAAGCUCCUUACCCGAGUCGCACAUGGAGCCUGAAAGCAAAAUGGUUACUCGUAGACCCUUGGAAAAAGACAAAUCACUACAAAGAGACGAAUGGCUAGGACUUUUACAAAAGAUCAGAAACACUGCCGUUGUUGUGCUUGGCAUUAUUUGUCUUCAGCUGCCAUUUGAGUUGGUCUACGCACACCUUUACGAGAUUUCAGAAUCUGAUGCGGUGAAGUGAGUUUCAAACGACCUCUGUACACUUGAAAGAUCUAUUUUGUGACUGAAUUAUUGGUGCAGUAAUGUGAAAAUAUGAUCGAUGUGUAUGCUGGGAACUUAUGUUCCAUGUUUUUAAAUAUCCUCCUUGGGUGACUCCCAUGUUUCUGUCAUGUAUUUCUUUUGCAUGUAUCUUUAUCUUUUCCUGCCUGUUAAAGCUUUGGGGUUUGCAAAAAUUAAUGACUGUAUGCCUAAGUGUUAUAUUUAAAUUUACAUAAUUGGAGUGCUGUCCGAGUUUGAUCUUUGUAGUGGGCUGAAGGAUAGCCAAUCUGAUUGCCUGCAAGAAAUUGGUUUGUUGUAUUCUUGAACAAAACUAUCCAUGUCAGACAGUUGAGUUGAUUGCUUCUCUUUCUGAAAAAAAAAAUUGAUCUUCGCACUGUGGUCAAGGAAAAUGUAUUCUCUCUUUACCAUCGACAUAUGAGAUGAAUAACAAGUUCUCUUUUUUAUGUGUUUAAAUGUUUUCUUUCUCUACCAUUGACUUAUGAGAUGAACAGCGGGGCCAUCAGUCGCAAUUUGUCUGACGGUUUGGUUUAUGAAGUUCUUAUGCUUGAAUUUCAACCAAGGAUGAUAAUCGAAAUUGUGGUGAAAGGGAAUACUGUAGGUUGCAUGCCGGAUAGAGAAUGAAUUAUUCCGAUAUUAUUUAAAACCAGGAUAGUAUAAUUUGGAUACUAGUUGGUUUAUGGCUCAUAGUCAUAGCUAAACGGAGUAUUACUUCCGCUCUUCUGAGAUUUAGCCGCGUCUACAUUCAUGCCGUCGGAGGGAGGCUAAUCGUGUGCUCAUCUGUCUCUCCUGUAUAUAGUUUUACAUCUGGUUACUUGCAUGAAUCAGGUUUGUUGGCACCCUCCCUGAUUUGGCAUGCAUAUGUUUGCAUUCUGCUCCAGGAUUUUUAUGUCCUGGACUUUCUCUCUUUUAUUUUUUCAAUAGUAUAUAUUCCUGCAACGCCAAGAAGCUUUGUAACAUCAGUACAUUAUCUGACAUUUCAGGUAUGCACUGACGGUUCUUUAUUUGUUAUCAAUUCAAUACUACACUAAAAUCGGAGGGAAAGUCUCGGUUACCCUAAUCAAAUAUGAACAUGAUAAAGGGGAGGAGUCUAGUGCUGACAGUUUGGUGUACAAGGUAAGAAAAAGAUGUCCGAAUAAGUUUGAAUGGACAUAAUUUUCCUUUUAAUCAUGAAUGAUGUUCGCUAAACUAUAAUUUUUCAUCUUUUAGGUUAUUGAUAAAUAGUAUACUAGUGUGUAAUUUUUUGUGGAAAUAUUAUUGUGGACACUAGUGUGUAAUUGUUCUUGUUUGGUGCGCAAUGAAUCAAGGAAGAAAGGAAACUGAUCCUUAUAAUAGAUGUUUUUAUUAAAUGCAAUCAACAUAAUUCAUAUUUAAACAUAAAUCCAUGAUAUGUAGAAACUACCCUUCUUCGAUCCUAACAGUAUUUACUCAAUUAGGAUACGGCAAUUAUUCUUGAACAGUAUCUUUUUAGAAUUAUCAUUUUCUUUCUAUGUUGUUUCCAUGUUUUUAGAAUUAUCCAUAUUCUUGAACAGAUCUCCAUUGUUUUCCUUUAAAUGUAGGUUUUUGGUCUUUAUUUUAUGCAAUCAUACAUUGGCUUGUUCUACCAUGCACUUAUGCACCGCAAUUUCACCACUCUUCGGCAGAUCUUGAUCCAGCGUUUGAUUGUAUCUCAGGCAAGAUAGAUUGCUCCUCUUUUCAUUUUUAUUUUUAUUUUUAUUUUGUGAAGCGCUCCUGCUUCAACCCGACUAAACAAUUUCAGUAGUCACUUGCAGGUGCUAGAGAACCUAUUGGAGAACACCUUACCUUACCUUAAAUAUAGCUAUAAAAAAUUCCGAGCUGUUCUGUAAGCUCAUCAUCUUGCCCUCUGCAAUCUCCGUUGGGUUGUACUGUUCUUUUCUAGUGUUUAAUCUGUCUUGAUGAAUGCCGUGUGUUCAAAGCCAGAGAAAGCAUGAAAAAGGAUCAUCACUCCGAAAGUCAAUCCGGCUGGGCUCCAGAGUGGAGAAAGAGUACCUAAAGCCCUCUUAUACUGCAAGCAUUGGGGACGAAUUCGAAGAUGGUUUAUUCGAUGGUGCGCCAAGAUUAUACCAUAUGCAUAUAAUCAUAUGCCUCCAGAAUCCCAUCAUUCACGUGAAAAUUAUGGGUUUGAAUGCAGAUUUUCUAGAGCUGGCCUUGCAAUUUGGGAUGAGCACGAUGUUCGCCUGCGCCUUUCCUCUCGUGUUCUGCUUUGUUGCCCUGGUUAGCCAUGCUUGGACUAUAUCGUAUAUAAAUACAUUAUGACCCAAGAAGCUUGGAAGGUGGAUUCUGUAACACGCAAUCGUCCCUUUCAUAUCCAGAACAACAUCACAGAGAUCCGGGCCGAUGCUCUGAAGCUGCUGGUCAUGCUCCGGAGGCCUGUCCCCCGUGCCUCUGCGUCCAUAGGAGCCUGGCUGAACAUAUUCCAAGUAAGAUCUCUGGACGUGUUCCUUGCUGAUCACAGAGUUUUGCAAUUCAGUUUUGCAUUCGUAUACCUCCGAUUCAUUGCUUCAUGUCCCCAUGUUUUCUCAGUUUCUGAUCGUGAUGUCGAUCUGCACCAACUGCACCCUCCUGGUCUGCUUGUACGACCAGGAGGGGAAAUGGAAGAUAGAGCCCGGACUGAAGGCGAUUCUCAUUAUAGAGCACGUGCUCCUCCUGGUCAAAUUCGGCUUCUCCCACUUCGUCCCCGAGGUGGGUCACGCCUAGAAACUCUGAAUGCUCUGUUACUACCCAAAAAUCAUUUUUUUUGCACCUUCACCGAACAGGAGCCUGCCUGGGUUCGAGCCAACCGCGAGAAGAACGUCGCGCAGGCGCAGGAUAUCUGUUCCAAGCAGCUUCUGAGCAGCAUCUCGAGCUUCAAAGCGAGGAAGGUGGAUUGA